AUGCAAGUGCAUUGGUUGCCUUACCCCAGGGCCGGCCCUGUUCAACAGUAUAGAUCAAUAAAGGAGAUCAUGGCAACGAAAGACGCUAAGAAGGCGUUGUUGGCUACACUUACAGUGAGUGCUGAGAUGUCAUCGACCCAACCUUUGUCGGGAUCAAUGAUACCCGAAAUAGAGAAGGAGCCAAUUAUUCCUCUACUAGGAACACCAUACUUCCAAGUUAGCAUAACUCAACGUAACCUCGAACCGUUUUAUUCAUUGGAUGUUCCUGAGAAAAUGGGUCCAUAUCUUCCCAAUGACAAUGUGUACGUGAUUUUAGAGUGUUUGGGAAAUAAGUGGAAAAUAUACUACAACGGAAGAAAUCAGGCGACGACAAGAUUCAUUGGUUUGAAGAUAUUUGCCAUCUACAAUAAUUUAAAAUUGGGAGAUGUGUGCUUGUUCGAGCUUAUGGAUACGAGUAACGAGUCAUCUAUAAUGUUUAGAGUACAGAUUCUCAAAGAAGCUCUUCCGGAGGUUUCGUGA